AUGUCUGAUAGAUCGCAGAGUCCCGAGUGCCAGAGCAGGCCCUACGACUUCAGCCGCGCCGGGCCGUGCGCUCAGGCUUUGGGUCAAGAUGGUUUGGGCAACUCCGCUUCAUUCCAGCUUCCUCACGGCGUGUUGCCAGACCCGAGCCUCCUCUACAACAAAACCGCGUACGGUGGCAUCACGUCGGCCUCAGCGCAGACCUUCUUCCCGUUCCCACCCAUGACUGGGGACUACAGGGGAGCCGACCUGCAGGCCGGAGAGUUCGGGCAACCCAAGCAUUGGUAUCCCUUCGCUGCGCCCGAGUACACCGGCCAGGUACCCAGCAUGGCACCAGCGACCCAGCCUACUAACCUGAGCCCCCCCAUGGCCGAGACCCGCGAGCAAAUCAAGCUGCCCGAGAUCAAGACCGAGAAGGACACUGGAGAUGACUACUCAGCGGAGAUCAAGGGUCAGCAGUACCUGACCUCCUCGGCCUCCGCCGCCAUGGCCCAUGGGGUCUUCUACCCCGCGGCCUGGAACCCGUCCUUCUGGCCUGGGAUCGCGCACAUCACCCAGCCCGGUAUCAGUAACCAAAACCCCUCCACAUCCUCUGCAUCAUCGCCGUCCAUGUCCCCUUCACCCCCGAGCAACGGGCUUCCAGGAAACGCGUUUUUCAGCGUGAACCCGACCCAAGCUGCCCCCGGGCCGCAGACGCAGAACCCGGGUACUUCCACCCGGAGCAGCGGUUCCUCCAGCGGCGGAUGCAGCGACUCAGAGGAGGAGAACCUCUCCACUGAGGAACUGGAGCAGUUUGCCAAGGAGCUGAAGCACAAACGCAUUACCUUGGGUUUCACUCAAGCAGAUGUUGGCCUUGCCCUGGGCAACCUCUAUGGUAAGAUGUUCAGCCAGACGACCAUUUGCCGCUUCGAGGCUCUGCAGCUGAGCUUUAAGAACAUGUGCAAGCUGAAACCCCUUCUUCAGAGAUGGCUGAAUGAGGCAGAGACCUCGGACAAUCCCCAGGAUAUGUACAAGAUCGAGAGAGUAUUUGUUGACACCAGAAAGAGGAAGAGGAGGACAAGCCUGGAGGGGGCAGUGCGCUCUGCUCUGGAGUCCUACUUCAUCAAGUGUCCCAAACCCAACACCCAGGAGAUCACACACAUUUCAGAUGACCUGGGCCUUGAGAGAGACGUUGUGCGUGUUUGGUUCUGCAACCGGAGACAGAAAGGAAAGCGACUGGCUUUGCCACUGGACGAGGAGUGCGACGGCCAGUAUUACGAGCAGAGCCCUUCCCCACUGAACAUGUCCCAUUCCCCAAUUCCCAGUCAGAGCUACCAGGUGUCCGGCUACCCCGGAGGCCCUCCUCCCACACUGUACAUGCCCCCACUCCACCGGCCUGAUGUCCUGAAACAGGCCCUUCACCCUGGACUUGUUGGUCACAUGACUGGAUAA